CCCAUCAUGUAAAUGAGUAUUUUUGGUUCAAAUACUUGUGGUUAUGGAAAGGCUACCCUAAUUUUGACAUUGUGGAUUUAGUUGUAAUAUUUACGUAUUUUUUUAGAUGGCGUUUAAUUCGGAAGAUAAAAGUGAAGGUAUUAAUUUGCCGGAAGAAGAUAUUCCAUACGAAGAGGAAAUACUUCGUAAUGCAUACUCUGUUAAACAUUGGUUGCGCUAUCUGGAGCACAAAGCUAAAUCAUCAAAUAUCGAAAUUAACACUAUUUACGAAAGGGCAUUAAAGGAACUCCCUGGGUCGUACAAAAUUUGGUAUCAUUACUUAAGAGCAAGAAGAAAUCAGGUUCGAGGGAGUUGUGCUUCGGAUGUUAUGUAUGAAGAAGUAAACAAUUGUUUCGAAAGAGCUUUAGUUUUCAUGCAUAAAAUGCCAAGAAUUUGGAUAGACUAUUGCAUUUUUAUGACCAACCAGUUAAAAAUCACUAGGACUCGUCAUGUUUUUGAUAGAGCCUUAAGAGCAUUGCCUAUAACACAACAUCAUCGAAUAUGGCCCAUAUAUUUGAAAUUUGCUAAGAAAGCAAACGUCCCAGAAACGGCUGUUAAAAUUUAUAGGCGUUACCUCAAGCUCUUUCCUGAUGAAAUGGAAGAGUUUAUAGAGUAUCUGAUUGCUCAAGGGAAACUUGAUGAUGCAGCACAACAGCUUGCGACAUUGGUAGAUAAUGAAAACUUUGUAUCAAAACACGGAAAAUCUAAUCACCAGUUAUGGAAUGAAUUAUGUGAACUAAUGUCCAAACAUCCCGACAAAGUCCACUCACUCAAUGUUGAUGCUAUAAUUCGAGGAGGUUUAAGGAGAUACACGGAUCAGUUGAGUCGUUUGUGGAACUCCCUUGCCGACUAUUACGUACGCAGUGGACUCUUUGACCGUGCCAGAGAUAUAUAUGAGGAAGCUAUUCAAACUAUUACUACAGUAAGAGACUUUACUCAAGUCUUUGAUGAAUACGCUCAGUUUGAAGAAUCCAGCCUCAGUAAGCGUAUGGAAAACAUAGCAAACACUAAAAACAUAAGCGAAGAAGAUGACAUUGAAAUUGAAUUACGCUUAGCGCGAUUUGAAUAUCUUAUGGAGCGCCGCUUAUUACUUCUAAAUAGUGUUCUUCUUCGACAAAACCCACAUAAUGUACCCGAGUGGCACAAAAGAGUUAAACUAUAUGACUCAAAACCAAAUGAAAUUAUUAAUACUUACACAGAAGCAGUUCAAACAGUUCAACCUAAACUAGCAAUAGGUAAAAUAAAUACACUUUGGAUAGAAUUUGCUAAAUUUUAUGAAAAAAAUGGACAAAUUGAGGACGCUCGUGUUGUUUUUGAAAAAGCAACCCAAGUUGAUUAUGUAAAAGUGGACGAGCUUGCAACUGUAUGGUGUGAAUGGGCGGAAAUGGAGAUACGCCAAAAAAAUUUCAAUUCGGCUUUGAAACUAAUGCAAAUAUCAACUUUGAUGCCAAAGCGGAAGGUAGAUUACAAUGAUGAAACAGAAUCCGUACAAGACCGCCUUUAUAAAUCUUUAAAAAUAUGGUCGAUGUAUGCUGAUUUAGAGGAAAGUUUCGGAACAUUUAAAACAUGCAAAUCUGUUUAUGACCGAAUUAUUGACUUGAAGAUUUGCACUCCACAAAUAAUAAUAAACUAUGGCCUAUUUUUGGAAGAACAUAGUUACUUUGAGGAAGCAUUUAGGGCAUACGAAAAAGGAAUUGCUCUUUUUAAAUGGCCAAAUGUGUAUGAUAUUUGGAAUUCUUAUUUAACUAAAUUUUUGAAGCGAUACGGAGGGUCAAAACUUGAAAGAGCGCGUGAUCUUUUUGAACAGUGUCUUGAAAAGUGCCCUUUGGAACUUGCAAAAUAUUUUUAUCUUUUAUAUGCGAAAUUAGAGGAAGAACAUGGUUUAGCCCGACAUGCAAUGGCGGUUUACAACCGCGCAACUACUGCUGUUAAGCCUGAAGAAAUGUUCGAUAUGUUCAAUAUUUUUAUAAAAAAAGCCGCAGAUAUUUAUGGUUUACCUAGAACGCGAGAAAUCUACGAGAGAGCCAUCGAAGUUCUUCCUGAAGAACGUAUGCGAGACAUGUGUAUUCGAUUCGCUGAAAUGGAAACAAAACUUGGCGAAAUUGACCGAGCUCGAACAAUAUAUGCACAUUGUAGCCAAGUCUGCGAUCCUAGAAUAACAGCUGAAUUUUGGCAAACUUGGAAAGAAUUUGAAGUUAGACACGGAAAUGAAGAUACAAUGCGUGAAAUGCUCAGAAUAAAACGUUCCGUACAAGCCACAUACAAUACGCAGGUUAACAUGAUGGCUGCUCAAAUAUCUAACAGUACAGUAGAUCAAACCUUCAAGGGUGGCAUGCAUUUGCUAGAUACUCAUAUUUCAGAAAAACAAAAUGAACAAAAUAUAAAUAUAAUGUUUGUGCGUGGAGAGACCCAAGGCUUAAGUAAAAAAGAUCAAGAAAGUAAUCCGGACGAGAUAGAUAUCAGCGAUACAGACGAGGAAGAUAGUCAAAAUAGCAUGCAAAAUGAAAACCAAACUUGUUCGGCAGAAGAAACUACCAUGAAAAAAAUACGCAUAGAAAAACAAUUAAUACCCAAAAACGUAUUCAAGGGGCUGAAAUUAUUGCAAAAAAGUGAUAAAAGUGAAAACAUUGAUAAUUAGAAAAUAAUUGUGCUUUUCUUAUAGUAAUUUCGGCAGUUCACGUUUACAAUAAUUUGUAUUGUUAAUGUUUUAAUAAUUCAAUAUACGCAUCUUUUAAUUUUACUUUCCCUAAAAACAUGUAAUUUAAACAUAUUUUGUAUGACACGAAGCAUAAGUUAUAAUUUGUAAAAGUCAUAACAGUCUCUGUACAGCAGAGUCAACAAGAAGAAAGCUGCUGCACGGAGACUUUUUUGACUAUGUGUAUAUACAGAUUCCAAAAUUUUGUGAGAAAUAAAACCACGAAUAUGGAACUUAA